UGAAAAAAAGCAAGCAUGCCAUUAAUUUUGAUUAGGUAGCCAUGCAAUAUCUCGAGUAUUUGAGUAGUGGCUUCUUUGCUCCCCUGCUUGGAACUCUACGUAGGAGGAAAACAGUUUGAGUCGUGGCACCAUACUCCAUCUGAUUUGUAUGUAGGCCCCAACAUGAUCUGCUAUAACUAGCAUAAGUACAACUCAUACAUGUAACAUGUUCGUAGCAUGACCGUGCAGAGGUAUGCCGGGAAGGAGACAGGCUGUGCGACGAAAGAGGAGGGCGGCGACGUCGUCCAGCGAUGAAUGGGAUGCCGAGGAAGCCGAGGAUGUUCUGGCUUCAUCACCACCUGCCAAAAGGUCAAGUCGGCGAUGUGUGGCUGCCAAUGCGAGAACGCGAAAUGCACAGCAAGCGCCAAGAAAGGGCGCACCCAGCCCGUCAAGCCCCAGCCCCAAAUCAUCUGAAACGCAGAGUGCUGCUCCGGGAAAAGACGUAGCGCAGGGCAGUGCAAUUGAAAAAGAUGUGAAGCAGCUAUCGGUAGCUAAACGCCGUGCUAAAGGGAAGACGCAAACGGACAGCGUUGCAGAAGGCGACGAUGACACAGAAGAGGAUAGUGCGAGCGAGGAUGAUGAUGAACAGUCAUCAAGUAGUAGUCCUGCGUACUCUAUUAGCUCUUCCUCUGACAGCGACUGGGAGGAGAUGACUCUGAAGAAAGUAGAGCGCAAAGCACUGUACACAUCGCCGCAGAGCGAGGUACGCUUCAUGCCCAUGCUGCCGCUGAACCGUGUUAAGAAAACCGACCUGUGCCGUUCACCGGGCAGUACUGCCGGGCUCAAGGGUGCUGGAGACGGCGGUGGAGGGGCAAUGAACGCCAAGAGUGGUGACGCUGGUGCAGGGCAUACAUUGUCGAAAGGUAUCGCAACACAAGUCCACCGCCAGCCACAAGCCACCGCAUAUGCCGGAGCAAAUCAGCGGCGGGCACCUGCAAAUGUGGGAGCGCAGCGGGCACCUGCAAAUGUGGGAGCGCAGCGUGCACAGCAGACACCAGCGGGACGCCAAAAGAACCAAGCAAAAGGACGGAACCCAUCACUCCAGUCCACGUCCAGCACUGAAAAGCAGACGCCAAUAAAGGACGUAUCUCGUCAGCCAGCGACCAGUGCCGUGAAGAGCGGUGCGCCGAAAAAAGCUAGUAGUACUGUAAAAAGUCCGAGGGUGGAAGGAAAGAAGCAAUCAUUGGUAGCUGGGCGCAAUUCUAAGGAUGGCAGUCAAACGGGCAGCAUCGCUGAAUCCGAUGAUAAGGAAGUGAGCGAUACCAGUGAUGAAGAGAAGGAUGAGGAUGAGGAGUCGUCGAGUUGCCCUAGCGAUGUCAGCUCUGCCUCGGACAGUGAUUGGGAGGAAGCGGCGGCAGUUGUGAAAAAGAAGAAGAAAGUUGCUGCAGCAGCACCAACUCGCCUGAAACGAUGGGUACUUGAGGCAGAACCUGGGGGAGUGUACAUGUCAUGGAGUGCUGAAGAACGACGUAUUGCUGCACUCCUGGCUGCAAGGCAUGGCUUGGCGGAUGUUGACUAUGACACACUCUGUUCAAAGAUGGAAUCCCGCAGUUCAAAGGAGGUUGAUGUUCUAGCGGUGAGCAUCCUCAGUGAAACACCUUCAUUCAACACCCUGGAACGGCAUGCACCGAUUGAGCAAUGGAAGGUUGUCGUACAGGAAAUCCUGACCAAGUGUCGCCUGAAAGCAGCGCCUUGCCUGCCGGAUGCAAUGAGGGCAUUCGCAAGAGACAAGUUCCCCGCUGCAGGCCCUGGCGUCCCCGACUACGCCCUGAUCUACAAAUAUCUGGCUGCUGCCCUCGCAUCGAAUGUGAAAUUACCCAUCUUGGGAAGCCUUGAACAAGCUGUAGUUGACCACCUGGUGGAUGGCCUACACACUGAGCUGGCUAACUAUGAGCUUGAUCCCCUUAUCGGCCAUCUGCUCGAGACGUACAACGCACCAACGCUUGAUAAGCCCAUUGACGCCUUCAACGCCGAGCUCUCCAAGGGUCUGUCACUGUUGAAUAGCUCUCCAGUCAAGCAUGCGGCAAGUGUCCAGAGACCGGCAACUCCGAUCCGAGCAAGUGCGGCGAGCACAGUGAGCUCUCGAACUGCCGGCACAGUGUUAGCAGCAGGGACAACCUCAGCCGAUGCUGCGUCGGGUAGGAACACUGCCGAGGCACGCAGGUGUGGCAACCGACCUGACCCUGCAACAGGUCCCACUCAUAUUGCAUCUUCUCAGGAAGGGGAAGGCGCUGACGCAAACGCACAUCAAGCUGAGCCUAGCGCAGACACCACAGUGGACAAACAGCUAGAUGAAGUCCAUGCCCCUACAGAGCAGCAGCAGCAGCAGCCCUCUGAACAGCAGCAGACAGACCAGCAGCAGACAGAGCAGCAGCAGCAGCAGCAGCAGCAGCAGGACAGCAGUAGGACCUCAUGCACUACUCCUAAGCGUCAGACAGUCGAUCCAGCACAGGGACAUGGGCGGACCGAGACACAUGCCACCAAGUGUUGCCCAUCCACUCCCCUGCGGAGGACCGAUGAGAGAAUAGCAGCCAGUCACGUACCUGCUGUCAAUGUCGGACAAUCUCCAAGCUCUGGCGGCGGCGGUGGUUUGACAUCGGACUCCGCCGCAUCCCGAUUUUCUCCUCGAAAGCUGACAACAAGCCCUGGGAGUGACCGCUUGCUAUCCUCCCCAUCGCCGAUCAAAUCGCUCCACUUGAACACUGUCGAGUUUGCACAAUUCCGCUCCAUCUCGUUGCAGCGCAUGUCUUCGUUCUGCAACCCACUCAACAUUCCGGCUGCACUUCUUAACCUCAAGCCUAACCCGAACCGACCCCCUAAGCAAUUAGCAACAGGUCCGGCGAAAGAAGUCGAUACGUGAAGCACCCUUGCCGAGUCGAGUCGGUGUUGCUGACUGUGCUUGGGCAUCGGGAACAGUUGCAUGUACGUACCAACGUCGUUCUCUACAGCAGCAAUGACUGCUGCUCUUUGUACAUAUGAAUCCUCAGCUACAGCCUACUGGCUGGUAUGACACACCAGCUACACGUACACGUACGUGUAGCUGGUUUGCCCUGCUUCCUGCUGUGCUGGUGAGCUACUGUACAUACUAGCACACUGCACAUAGCUUUUAUCCGCUGCAUUCAUGCCUGCCUGUGUUCAGUACAUGUAUGUGUAUGUGUAACCGGACUGUACCUUCCCCUUCUUA